CCCGCCGUCUUCUCCUCUGGAGGCGGCCAGUUCCAUUGGUGGCCGGCACUCGUUGAGGACGCGCGGAAGAAGGCGUGGGCUCAGCUUCUGGUGCCUGGUUUCCCGGUCGUUCCCCAAGCUCUGCUUGGGUAUCGGCAUAUUCCCGUCAGUAAAAGAGGCAACUCCAGAAGCUCCCGUGUUCUCUCGCAAGGUGCAAUGACUACAAAAGUAGGUCCUGUAUCCACAAAGUCAACGCAGCCCUUUAUCCUGAGAAUUCCUCCAGGGUCCAAGUUCAUCCAAGACCACCUUCAAGAUGCCACCAGCCAGUCCAGGACCAUCCACCAGCUGGUGUUGGAGCAUUUUCACCUCUUUCUACCCAAGCUGUUGGUAGUCCAUCCUGGUCAGAAAGCCAAAGACCCCUUGGCUGUUAUGAAGGGUGUGGGUUCGAGCCUUCCAUAUACAGUGGAGCUUCUGCCUAGAGGAGGAGUCCAGCAGAAACAGGAGACAGUGUCUCUGUGUUUUAAAGCUGAUUCUGAGGCACUCACAGUCUUUGAGGAUUUGAAUGUCUAUCACUCUCAGGAAGAAUGUGUAAGCAUGGAUCCUGCUCAACAGCCCAACUCAGAGAAGGAAAAUAAUGAUCGUGUUGGGGAAAUGAUGUUACUGGUCAGGGAGAGUGGCCCCAGAGAUGAAGAUCCUCAGAAAGAAGAUUGUCGAGAAACAUCUUCAUAUGUCGAAGGAAUAAACUAUUCUUUGGUCUCUGAACAGCCUCCAGGUUGCCAGGAAAGAAGACCAAAUACACCCAUUCUUCAGCCAAGGAGACUGAGAAGUCUGCUAGUUACCAUUGAAAACAAGACCCCACUAGAGGAGCUGUCAAAAUAUGUGGACAUCAGUAUUACUGCACUUGCCUGUGACCAGAAAGUAAAUAAAUGCUACAAGUGUCCGCUGUGUGGGAAGCAGUUCAGUGACGGUUCUUACCUCAUUUCCCACCAGAGGACUCACACUGGGGAGAAACCUUAUGACUGUAGCCAGUGUGGGAAAAGGUUCAGUCACAAGACAAAUCUCAAUAAACAUGAACGAAUCCAUACAGGAGCAAGGCCUUACUCCUGCGCUCAGUGUGGGAAAAACUUCCGUCAGAAUUCUCAUCGUAGUCGCCAUGAAGGAAUCCAUGUACGGGAGAAGAUACUUAAGUGUUCAGAAUGUGGGGAAACCUUCCCUAAAAAUGAAGACUUUUUACUUCAUCUACAGAGUCAUGUAACUGAGAAAUCUUAUGGUUGCAAGAAAUGUGGGAAACGAUUUGGUCGUCUGUCCAACUGUACCCGGCAUGAAAGAACUCAUUCAGUAUGUAAGACCCAGAAGCAGGAAUGAUGUCAGGAAAGGUCCUGCCUCAGCCUGACAAGUUUCUUGAGGAAUUCCCAAACUACCUAAAAAGAUACAGAUACCUGAAAGCCUUGUUAUCAUCAUUUUGGCUGAAGCCUCGGAUUUUAAGAGUUCUCCCAGGGAAGGAAACCUCCUCAAGGGCUGUACCUCAGUCGGCGCAGACUUUCGGUCUACGGAGCUUUCCUGGUGAGCUGUGCAACGGUACAUGUCACGUGGCCCCUCAUGAGAGACUGAAUAUGAAUUGUGCCUAGGGCUGUGUAUCUCCCUAGGUGAACAAAGUGUCAUUGAAAUAUGUCCCAUUUCCUUCCCUCAACAAACAUAGGAAUUUGCACUUGAGAAAUAAUGCCAAGGUCCUCUCCCGGAACUGUGUUCCAUGGAAACAACCAAACCAGUGACUUCUAAUGGCAAGUCAUACAACCUUCAGGCACUCUGAUAAGGUGUGACUGUUGACUUGUUUACCUCGCUGUAAGGAAAUGACAGCACAUGAAUGUCACAGAGUUGCUCUCAUUUAUAUAUGAUUUAAAAUUAUGGUUAACUUCAAUAAUGUUGGCAAUUUGUUAUGAAAUUUUUACAGAAAUCCUUUUCACAGAA